AACAACUAUAUGAUUUAAAAAAAAAAAAAAGAAAGAGGACAAGAGAACAUGAGCAGGUGCUGGAAUCUGAUACUGGUAAACAACCCCCCAACAGUAUAUAAGAAGACAAACCAUGCAGGGCUUCACAGCUGCAUCUAGACAUUGACCUACUGAACUGUUCCAGCAUUUUUUGAGAAACAAUGGCAGUCUGGCCUUUCUAUCUGUCUCUUUGUCUUCUCUUAACUUUGGGUGCCUCAGAGGAAAUGCAUUCUCAACGAGAUGGAAAUAAAAGUUGUGGCGAUUGUCAGGCAGGAUGGUCUGCCUUCGGAUGUAGAUGCUUCAAGUUUUUCAGUAACUCUGAAAUCUGGAUAGAUGCAGAGAAUAUCUGUCAGGACUUUGAUGGGCACCUUGCUUCUAUACACAGCGACGAGGAGUAUGUUUUUAUACAGAACCUGAUUAGAUACACAACUCAUGAACCAACGAGAGCCUGGAUUGGGGGCCAUGAUGCUGUUCAUGAAGGAGCUUGGCUCUGGAGUGAUGGUUCCAAAUUUAACUACCAAAUAUGGUUUUCUGGAGAACCCAAUGACGACGGUAAUGAGGACUGCCUUGAGAUGAACUUCGCAAAUGGCAACUGGAAUGAUCGGAAAUGUUAUGAAACGGCGGCUUUUGUGUGUGUGAAGUGAAGCAGUAUGUGAAAAGACAAAGUUGACUGGGAAAACAAACAAGCUGCUUUGACUAAUUUUCUUUCUUUUAGAAACGAUCAGUAAAGGUUAAUAAAGGUGUUUCCAGCAAAGUCA